AUGGACACAUUCUUUGCGCAGUACCCUACUUUUACCCGCCCCUCCACCUCGGGUCUCCUUGACUGCUUCAAAGCCCUCUCCGUAUCACAAGCAUGGACGCCUAAGGACGAAGAAGACGCAAAGAUCAAUUUUAGGACUGCGAUGGUACAAGAGUUUAAUACUCGGUAUGGAACAAACGAGAAAGAUCUCGAGUCAUGGAGGAAUCUGUGUAGAGUCUUCGGAAUUGGAGAAGACAAAAUGCCGGGGAGUAUCAAGAAGUGCAAAAAGGAGAUUGCAAAGAUCCACGUGAACCUUGUGGAUCUUAUCGAGUUACCACCACCCAGCUCUGGUCCUGUCACGGCAGCUAGGAUAUUUCCAACAUUGAAGGCGCUGAGGAAGUAUACGAAGAGAACGAAGAAAUACUUCCCUCGGGAAGAGGCAAAGGCAGGUGGGAUUUUGAAGAAUCUCUUGCGAAACAUCUUGCGUUAG